AUGACCACCGCAAAAAGACAAAAGAUUGAUGGCGGCGCAGCUGGAAUUCCAAUAGGUGUAGAUAGAUUUCUACAUCACCCAAGAUCUGUGCUUAGUGGAACGACGAUCGAUGGAGGGAUCACUGACGUCUCAUUGAAGACUGACACUGCUGUGAACUACGUUUUGGCAAAUGAGGCCAUGUUGAAGAUGUUUGGGUUAUUAAAGAAUAAGGAGCAACAAAGUUUGAAUGAUGACGAUGAUGGCAAAGAUUUAAUCGAUUAUAAUAUCAGUGAUAGUGACUGGAAGAUUGAUGGGAAAGAAUACAAUGAAGUAAUAGCUGAUUUACAACAAGAAAUUGAACAACUACUGAGCUCUACCAACUUUGGUACUGGUUUAUUUGAGAAGAAACAUACGGGAGAAGCAACGGACGACACCACAAAACCCCCAAGUGGUCAGCUUGAUUUAUUGGAAGAAAUCAAAAAUCUAUCAAAAGAAUUCACAGCAUCACCGGAAGAAGUACAGAAGGAGAGUUCAGAGACACCAGAAGCGUCGGAUGAGUUGAUUAUGACCGAUGAUAUCAAGUCCCACAAUGAUAAGAUCCGGGCAUCAUUUGAGAAACAAUAUGGGACAAAGGUAUAUCUUGUGAAUGCGGAUGAUGCUAAUCUCUUUGGAAUUUCCAAAGAUCUUCCGGCAGUUACUCUUUCCGGGGUGGCCAGCGAAGAUUUGAAGAAUCAUUUGCGGGUUGUCAGAUUGGGUGGUCUCAGGUUGAUUGAUCCAGAAGUCAAGCAGUGA